UAUUUAAUAAUAUGAGGAAGACUGAGAAGGGCCAAGGAGGAAAUCCAUGGGUUAAGAAGAUUGUCAAGAAGAUUACUAGUCCAAGUAGUUAUGCAGGCAGAAGUCUUGGACAUAGGGCACCUAAGGGAAUGACCAAAGUUAGCACUUUUGAUGAUGAAGAGAAUAUUUUUCCGAAGACUUUUGAGGUUACAGUCAAGAGGAAAGGAGAAAAGAAGAUAGGAAAAUAUCCAGGAUAUAUCUGCUGAGGGAUAUAUGAAUAUGGAAACUGAUAUGCAAUGUGCUUUGACAAGCAUGGAAGUCCUUGGAUUACAAUUGGACCAGAUUUUUGUUUCACAAUUUGAUUAUUCAUUUUCUUAUCUCUUAUUUACUCAGUGUUCCUCUACUUCUCCACUCAUCUUAAAAGCUAUUAUCCAAUUCUUGUCUUUCUCGGUGUAGUUCUAGUCCUGGUCAACCUCUUCUCAACGCUUUUUACUGUUUUUAUCAAUCCUGGUCAUCCAUCAAAAAGAUUGAGUGUACCACCUCAUCGUGAAUGGUGAAGGAUGUGCAAUUCUCCUUGCCUACCUGAAUAUGAGACUUUCCAUUGUGAUGACUGUAACAAAUGAGUAGAGUAUUAUGACCACCAUUGCCCUUGGUUCGGCAAAUGAAUUGGCAAAAACAAUAUAAUAACCUUCUACAUAUUCAUUGCUAGCUUUAUGAUCCUCAUAUUUGCCACCUUCUUUAGCGUAGCAAUGUAUAUGGAGCAACAUAAGAAGAAAGAUAGUUAAUUUUUGUUAUAAAAAGGCUCAUAAGA